AUGCGGAGGCUACUGCGACCGCGCUGCUGCUGCUGGUGGAUUCCGCCUCUGCUUUUCUCAUCGCUCGUGCUCCGGUGGGCACACUGUCAUCCCGCAUUGGCUGAGGGGGAUAAAUCGGAGAAUCAUGAUCGGCCUAUCGGUGACAGACACCGGCGAGCGGCUGAAGAGUCCUACUGGGCCUAUUCAGGGACGUACGGACCAGAUACAGGCUGGGCGGCAGCUUUUCCUGAGUGCCAGGAGAGAAACCAAUCGCCAAUCAAUAUAGCCGACCAAGACACUAAGGUCUCGAUGGAGUACCAGGAGCUCACAUUGGACGGGUUUGAUGCGGAGUCGUCCAACAAAACGUCAAUGAAGAACACAGGCAAAACGGUGGCGAUCUUUCUGAAGGACGAUUAUUUCGUGAGAGGAGCCGGGCUACCGGGCCGUUUCAAAGCCGAGAAGGUGGAGUUCCACUGGGGCCAGAGCAAUGGUUCCGACGGCUCGGAGCACAGCAUCAAUGGCAGGAGAUUCCCUGUGGAGAUGCAGAUCUUCAUGUAUAACUCGGAUGACUUUGACAGCCUUAACACAGCCAUACGGGAGAAGCGAGUAAUUGCGGCCAUGGCUGUCUUCUUUCAGGUUGAUUUCAAGGACAAUCCUGCAGUAGAUCCCAUCAUUCAUGGUCUAAGAGGAGUGGUGCAUCAUGAGAAAGAGACUUUUCUAGAGCCCUUUGUGCUGAGAGACCUGCUGCCGUCCUCCAUCGGGAGCUACUACCGCUACAUCGGCUCUCUGACCACACCACCCUGCAGUAAAGUGGUGGAAUGGAUCGUCUUCAGCCGGCCCGUGCUCCUCUCAUACAAACAGCUGGAGGCGUUCUACUCCAUCUUCACCACGGAGCAGCAGGAUCAUGUUAAAUCUGUGGAAUACCUACGUAACAACUUCCGGCCACUCCAGAGUCUGGACAACCGAGAGGUCUUCAAAUCCGCUGUCAAAGACGCGUGGCUGCCUGAUUUGACUUACCCCCCGGGGAACCCGUACGGUACCGAGGCUUCUAAAGCAUGCAGCAGUGCGCCCAUCAACAUGAACGUCCAGCACAUGAAUAAGACUGCACUGGUCGUCCGAUGGUCCCGGCCAGAGAUCACCUACGAUCCGCCCAUCAUCAGCUACCUCAUUUCCUACAGCUGGACCAGAAACGAUGAGUCAUACGAGGAGACUUAUUUCAAAGGGAGCGAUCAGAAACUGGAGGCGGUUAUCACGCCGGUGUCGCCGGAUGUUCUGUACCUGUUUCGUGUGCAGGCGGUGUGUUUGAAUGACAAGCGCAGUGACUUCAGUCAGAGUAUGCUCUUCAGAGCCAACACCACCAGAAUAUUUGAGGGAACGAGGAUAGUAAAAACUGGGAUGCCAACAGUUUCUCCUGCAUCGUCAGCAGACAUGGCCCCCAUCAGCUCCGGCUCCUCCACAUGGACCUCCUCCGGUCUUCCCUUCUCCUUUGUUUCGAUGGCCACCGGAAUCGGCCCAUCCUCCAGUGGCAGCCAGGCCACCGUGGCAUCCGUGGUGACCAGUACACUCCUGGCAGGACUGGGCUUCAGCGGAGGCGUCAUCUCCUCCUUCCCUAGCUCCGUGUGGCCCACCAGACCACCACCCUCCAGCCCUGCUCCAGCCUCCACCCACCAGAGCCCAGCCAAACCUGUGGUGACCACUGCAGAACAGGCCUCUGACGCAGACACCACCACAGCCACUGACAACGACAGGUCUGAUGACGGAGGAGAGAAGGGCGGGAAGGGUGAGGAUGAGGAUGGAGAAAAGAACGGAGAAGAAGAAGAAGAUGAGGAUGAGGAAAAAGGUGGAGAGAGUAAAGACAGCAGAGCUCCUGACGAUGUGGAAAAGCAGACCAACAGCUCCGUCUCCAAAGAUCCUCCAACAGCAGUACCCGAUUCCACAGCCAAAGAGAAAGGAGGACGCAGGAGAACAGAAAACAGCACAGCGCCAUCUAGAGUCUCUGAGGAAAACACACAGGGACUGGGAGAAGAGAACACGCAGGUGAUGGCGAGCAGAGAGCCGGAGGUGGAGGAGAACGUGACGGCAGUGAUAGAGACUCCAGAAAACACAGAGCAGAGCAGUAAAGACAACAGAGGAGACCGCAAUCACCUGCCUCCUUUCUCCAUACACACAGAGCGCACUGUCGUCUCCAGCAUGUACCCUGGGCCUGCUGCCGGACGGAUGGAGUGGAUUAUUCCUCUGGUGGUGGUGUCGGCGCUCACUUUCCUCUGCCUGAUUCUGCUGCUGGCCGUCCUGGUUUACUGGAGGAGGUGUUUCCAGACGGCUCAUUUCUACGUGGAGGACAGCAACUCGCCCAGAGUCGUGCCCAAUGAGAGCAUUCCAGUAAUCCCCAUCCCAGAUGAUAUGGAGGCCAUCCCUGUGAAACAUUUCAUUAAGCAUGUAUCAGAGCUCUACUCCAACAACCAGCAUGGCUUCUCAGAUGAUUUUGAGGAAGUACAGCGCUGCACAGCUGAUAUGAAGAUUACAGCAGAACACUCCAAUCAUCCAGACAACAAGCACAAAAACAGAUACAUCAACAUCAUCGCCUAUGACCACAGUCGAGUAAAGCUCAGGCCUCUGGCAGGCAAAGACUCCAAACACAGUGACUACAUCAAUGCCAACUAUGUGGAUGGCUAUAAUAAACCCAAGGCCUACAUCGCAGCUCAGGGCCCUCUCAAGUCCACGUUCGAGGACUUCUGGCGGAUGGUGUGGGAGCAGAACACUGGCAUUAUAGUCAUGAUCACUAACCUUGUGGAGAAAGGCAGAAGAAAAUGUGACCAGUACUGGCCGUCAGAGAACAGUGAGGAGUAUGGGAAUAUUGUGGUGACGCUGAAGAGAACCAAAGUAAUGGCGUGCUACACACUCCGCAUCUUCACUAUCAGAAACACCAAAGUAAAGAAGGGUCAAAAGGGGAACACUAAGGGCCGUCAGAGUGAGAGAACGGUUCUGCAGUAUCACUACACCCAGUGGCCGGACAUGGGUGUCCCAGAAUACACUUUACCCGUGCUCACAUUCGUCAGGAAGUCUUCUGCCGCACAGACCCCAGACAUGGGCCCCAUGCUUGUACACUGCAGUGCCGGUGUGGGAAGAACAGGAACAUACAUUGUGAUUGACAGCAUGCUACAGCAGCUAAAGGAUAAAGGCGCUGUCAAUGUGCUCGGCUUCCUCAAACAUAUACGAACUCAGAGAAACUACCUGGUCCAAACGGAGGAGCAGUAUAUCUUCAUCCACGAUGCCUUGAUGGAAGCCAUUCUUGGGAAAGAAACAGAGGUGCCCUCGAGUCAGCUGCACAGUUACGUCAACAGCAUCCUGACGCCGGGCCCAGGGGGCAAAACACGACUAGAGAAGCAGUUCAAGUUGGUGACUCAGUGCAAUGCAAGAUUUGUCGAGUGUUUCAGUGCUCAGAAAGACUGCAACAAGGAGAAGAACCGCAACUCUUCUGUUGUACCAUCGGAAAGAGCACGUGUUGGUCUCGCACCGUUGCCUGGGAUGAAGGGCACUGAUUACAUCAAUGCAUCUUACAUAAUGGGCUACUACCGCAGCAAUGAGUUCAUCAUUACCCAGCAUCCCCUGCCUCACACCACUAAAGAUUUCUGGAGGAUGAUCUGGGACCACAACGCUCAAAUCAUCGUCAUGUUACCAGACAACCAGGGCCUGGCGGAGGAUGAGUUCGUGUAUUGGCCGAGUCGAGAGGAAGCCAUGAACUGUGAGGCGUUUACAGUCACUCUUAUCAGUAAAGACAGACUCUGUCUCUCCAAUGAGGAACAGAUCAUCAUUCAUGACUUCAUCCUGGAGGCCACACAGGAUGAUUACGUUUUAGAAGUUCGUCAUUUUCAGUGCCCAAAAUGGCCAAACCCCGACGCACCCAUUAGCAGCACUUUUGAGCUCAUCAACGUCAUCAAAGAAGAGGCCAUGACCAGAGAUGGACCCACUAUAGUGCAUGAUGAGUUUGGUGCAGUGUCUGCUGGGAUGUUUUGUGCUCUCACCACACUGUCCCAGCAGCUGGAGAGUGAAGGAGCUGCAGGCGUCUAUCAGGUGGCCAAGAUGAUCAACCUCAUGAGACCAGGAGUCUUUACCGACAUUGAACAGUACCAGUACCUUUACAAAGCUAUGCUCAGCCUGAUAAGCACUAAAGAGAACGGAUCCAGCCCCAUGUCCCUGGACAGAAACGGCAGUAUGGCCAUGUCUGACGAAUCAGACCCCGCCGAAAGCUUGGAGUCCCUCGUUUGA